AUGGAGCUUCCCGCCGCGGGAGAGCAUGUCUUUGCGGUGGAGAGCAUCGAGAAGAAGCGUAGCCGGAAGGGAAGGGUUGAGUACCUGGUCAAGUGGCGUGGAUGGUCCCCAAAGUAUAGUACCUGGGAACCCGAAGAGAACAUUCUGGAUCCAAGGCUGCUUGAUGCCUUUGAAGACAGGGAACGUCAAGAGCAGCUAAUGGGCUAUCGUAAGAGAGGACCGAAACCCAAACACCUUCUGGUUCAGGUCCCUUCAUUUGCCCGGAGAUCCAGCAUGCUUGCCGGCCUUCAUGAGUCAUCCCUCCAAGACAACAGCUGUCAUGACAACAACUCCGUUCCAGUGCUGCAUCCGCAAGGUCAGCAGUACCAGCUGAACAGCAAGAAGCACCAUCAGUACCAGCCCAUGAGCCGAGACAGUGAAACUGAACAGCACCCCAAUGGCAAUAAGUUCUACUAUCAGCUCAACACCAAGAAGCACCACCACUACCAGCCAGGUCUGCCAGCACCCGAGCCUAUGUUUGUGAAACCCAGAGAGGUCAGCGCUCCAGAGCUGCCCAUCAAGGGCUACAAUCUCCCCCCUGUGCUCCAGCAAAAGUGGUUCCGGGACAAGACAUCUGGAGUCUUGACCAAAGUAAAGGACAUCACAAUGGAGCUGAAAAAGCUCCCAGCAGACCUCAGUGGUCACAAAGAACUAGAGAAAGUAAAGUCUAAAGACCAUUCCCCAGCACAGCAUAAUGGCGUCAGUGGCAGUAAAUUGAAAAUUGUGAAAAACAAAAAUAAAAACGGACGGAUUGUUAUUGUCAUGAGCAAAUACAUGGAAAAUGGAAUGGAAUCGGCAAAGGUUACGAAUGGUGAUUCCCAGCCUGCAGAGAAGUUUUCACAGGGAGCUGACAGCACGGAAAGGCACCUGGAGAAGAUGGAGCUGGUCAAACAUCUUGGCCUCGUUAAUGGAUUUGCAAAGAAACCCAAAGCCGUCUGCGAAUUCACUAGAGAUUGCACCAAAGAAAACCAACAGUCUGCCCAACCUAAGCUUGCUGUGAAGGAGCAGGAUCAAAAUGUUGAGGUCAGGGGUCAGUGUCUGCUUUCAGCAGAUCACCCUUUACAAUUGACAGCAAAGCCUAAUUUGGCCUCUUUGCCUCUGGACACCUCAGUUCCCGCGUCCACUGACAAAAGGACGACCCGAGAUGAAUUUCAAGGAUUAAAGCGACACCUUUCUGACACUGACAGCGAGGAGCAUAGGAGUAAGAAGAGGUUUUUAAGCUCCCACCACACCAGCUCAUCACCCACCCAAAAUAUUAGCACUGACCAAAAUAGCCUCCAGGCUCCCUUUUCAUUGCAUUGUGACUGUGCUGAUCAAGAGGAGCCUAUAGACUUGAGCAUGAGGCCUCAAUUUUCUGCUUCUGCACUGAGCCAGCCGGAACUGCACACACAGGAUGAAACACAGAUGGACACACAAGUGAAAAACAAAACACACAGUCAGCUCCAGGCUGAAACACAAAACAUUGAAAAUGUGGACAUGGCCGACACGUUCACUGUUGGUGAACAGGAAAAGGAAAAAGUGGAGCCGUUUCAGCCGUUCCUUGGGAAUAUAGUCAUUACUGACAUUACUACGAACUGCCUCACAGUCACCUUCAAGGAGUACGUUACGGUGUAA